ACUGCCUUGAAAUGAAUUUAAUCGAAUUGAAUUGACCUUGCCAUUUAUAUAACCUGUAACUUAAAUCAGUUUCACUUUAGUAAACUUUGUAAUAACUUUGUAAGGUAGUGAAAUAUUUGUUUUGAUAAAAAUGGCUCAAAUCAUGAAGAAUUUAAGUAGAAAUUUCCUUUUCAAAGGAAAAUAUACUGUUUUAACAACUGUACAACACAAGUAUUCCCAAGUACAUAAAAGUGAGAAUAGUUCUGAAUUGAUUGUAAAACAAUUGGAAGGCAAGGAUUCUGGCAUUAGUGUCAUGGGCUUAAAUCGACCAAAGUCGCGCAAUGCGUUCAGCAUGAGUCUGGUGGAUAAAAUUCACCGAGCACUCGAUGAUAUCGCCAUCGACAACUCCGUCAGAGUGCUGGUUGUGUGCAGUGCAGCUCCUGGCAUGUUUGGCUCAGGUGCUGAUUUGAAGGAACGUGCUACAAUGUCUCAGCAACAAGUCUCCAUAUUUGUUUCUUCUCUGCGUGCGAUGAUGAAUAAGUUUUACGAGUUGCCAGUGCCAGUGAUUGCCGCCAUUGAUGGGCUCGCACUCGGCGGCGGUUUGGAGUUAGCAUUAGCAUGCGAUAUUCGUGUGGCGUCUUCUGUUGCCAAGAUGGGACUCGUCGAGACAAAAUUAGCGAUUAUUCCAGGUGCCGGAGGCAGUCAACGCUUGCCACGCUUGAUAAAUCCUUCAGUUGCGAAAGAGUAUUUUACCGCGCGCAUUUUCGACGGUACAGAAGCGCAGCGUCUUGGUGUUGUUAAUCAUGCUGUAGAACAAAACGACGCUGGCGAUGCUGCGUUCCAGAAAUCAGUUGAAAUUGCGCGUGAAAUGCUGCAUAACGGUCCAUUUGCGCUGAAAAUGGCCAAGGCGGCGAUCAAUCAAGGCAUGCAAGUUGAUCUCAAAACAGCUUUCAAGUUCGAAGAGGCGUACUACGCACAAAUCAUUCCUACAAAGGAUCGUGUCGAAGGAUUGACUGCAUUUAGAGAGAAACGUCCACCGAAAUACAUUGGCGAAUAAGGUUUUAUUAUAAAAAGAAAAUACAUAUUUUACUACUGUUUUAAA